AUGGUAUCUGGCAGUGGAACCUGGGAAAGCAAUCCUAGAUUUCACCAGGACAGGCUGGGCAGUCAAGAAUUGCAAUCUGUGAGUCUGGUCCCAUUGGUGCUCUUGCGAGGGGCCACCACAGAGCAGGGCCUUCCUCAUUUCCUGCAUCCAGUUCGGCCCCACGAAUUGAUCCCCAGGAUCUUAGGGCCACUGCCAAGCAUGAAUGCUGCAAUUCCACAUCAUUCCCAGUGCCAUCUACAGCCCAGGAACUUCAACUGGAUAGGAGAUCCAGCAGCUAAAGGGCCCUGUUCACUGUUAAUGAAGAAAUCUGGGAGGCGCUAUUUUUCCAGCGCUAGAGUCGGGCUCACUAGCCAAGGACAAGCCAGCAGAAGGCUAGAAGCCAUAAACCGCGCCCUGGCAGGAUCAGUGCCACCCUCUUUAACCCCAAAGCAGGGCUAUCUUCUGCACCCGGGAAGAGUGGCAAGUGACUCAUGGACUGGCUGCACCUUGCCCUCCAUGGUAGACUCUGCGCACAGAGCAGUCAAGGCCCGAGAGCUCACCUUCUGCCCUGCCUCUGCACCCCUGCUUCAGCGUUCCAGUGCACUCCUCAACAUCAGCCACCACAGGUAAAAAGCAGGAAGCAAGCCCAGGACUCAACGGCUCCUGGAGAACCUACUCAGGUUUCCAAAGGGGCAAAGGACCUUUGCUACAUGAAAGUCUGUCAACCUCCAGUUUGAAAAGCCCUGGCCGGGAACCCUGUUUACAUAAGGCAAAACACAAAGAUGCCAAGACUCUCUCUACACCCUAAGAUUAUUUUGGGAUCAGUAAAGACUAAAAGAUGAAGAGGAGCCAGGGCCGGGCAUCUACUCAUCCCAGGCCUUCAAGACUUAGCCCGGGUUUAUCGCUAGGUGAUGGGCCGAACCCUGGGUGCGGCCUGGGGCUGGAGGUCAUCCCGGCCCACAAGAAGCCUCUCUUCCAGAGGAGCCGGGUGCCCAAAGGACGAGGCUGACGCCGUCAGGAGGAGACCGCCGAGGGUAGGCCCCUGCCAGCUCCUGUGGCGGAGGCAGACAGGCCGGCCUGGGGAGGGGGCAGCUCUUAGCAAUUGAACCCGUCUUUUUAUUAAAGUUCUAUGCCGUUUUCCAGGCUCGUCCGUACUUCAUUCUGGCCCUUGUGUUUCAGCGAAGUCUUCUCUACAGUCAACCACC